AUGACACUGAUUGACCGACUAAUCGCCGAUGAAGCGAUUCGAAUGUUGUCUGAAGCGUCGUCUGGGAAUAAAACUACUUCGCUGAACGAACCAUGUGAGCCGAUGGAAAUUGUAGCCGCGUCAACGAGAAACGAACUAACAGAAACCACCACAACCCCCGUUAAUAGUACAAUCACUGAACAAGCGGCAGUACGUGCCGCCGAUUCAAUGUUGCUGCAAAAGAGUGCCGAACAGGUGACGAAAAAGUUAAUCAAUCAGCUGUCUACCAUGAACAAGUACGAUCUAAAGCAAAUAAUUCAUAACCCUGCCGGUAAAUACGAAACGGCGUUGAACAAACAUGCGCAGAAUAAACUGCGGGCAGAAGUAAGAAAACAAUUGAACAAUAUUCGUGUCAACGAAAUGAUCAGUCCAUGUGGGAAUGGUGUUGAACCCGAUGAAGCGAUAGAUGCAGAGAAAAUACACCCUGAAUUGUUGGAGCAAAUUGGAAAAACAUUGGAUUUAAAUUUCUUUACCCUCCCAACGAUAGAUUUGAAUGAACUGAACCAGCGAGAGGUUCCCAGUGAGGAGGUCGUAGACAAAUAUUCGCUUUCGCUAAAAGACAUUGGAUCGGUAAAUAAAAUCACAAACAGUAACAACGGUGUAGCAGAUAAUGAGGAACAACGUACAAAUAAUUCUGACACGUGUGCACCCAGCUCCCCAGGAUACAUUCUCCCUGAUAACAUAGAGGGAACUCAUUUGUCUUCAUCGGUUAUUGACAAUGCAUCAGCUAACGAUCAGCCUUUAGGGAACGAGAUCGAAGACAAAUAUUCGCCUGAUCUAAAUGGGUCAGAAAAUGCUGGGACAUACCCACAGCUAACCGUACAAGACAGUCCGAUUGAUUCUGUUUUGCCAUCCACCCGUCUGCAACAUUUGCUUACGAUCAUCGAGCAAAUGGAAUCCAUCGAGGCGCAAACGAUGCAACUGUUCAAUCGCAAGAUGCAAAUCGAUGCCACGAUAAUGAGGCUCAAUUCGGAGCGAAUGGAAAUCGACCAACAGCUGGUGCAGCUGCAAAAUGAUCGCGGAAAACAAUUGAGCACGUUACGUUUGAACAUGCUCGACACAUCGUCGAUCGGUACGAGUCGUUCAGUUUCUCAAACUCAUGCAAACGAUGUCGCGAAUCUUGCACCGGGUCCAUUGAAUCUGGGCAUCUUGAAUCCUUCCGAAAUUAACCAGAACCAGCAGUUUAACGCGGGAGUUCAACAGGAACGAACUAUCCGACGAAUUACGCCAAUAAGUGGUAAAAGUGUGUUGAUGCAAAUAUUUCAGAGAAUGCGUGCUUCGUCGGAGCGAUCGACUGACGAUAAUCCAGUGAUCGAUCAUGCAUGAAUCUGUGCCUAUAGUUUGUAUCAUAGAUAUAAUGGAUCGAU